AUAUGAAAUGAAAUCUUAAGCUAAAUCUUUUAUUCUUAUUCAGCUAUAGGCACCAAGUAAAAAAUGUGACCCUAAAUUUCAACUUAAUUAAUUGCUGUUGUUUCUUUUUUAGGUUUUGAUCCUUGACAGAAAUCUGGCUAUGAAUUGGAAGUGAGAGCUUCAUCGUGGAACACCCUUGUCGAUUCUGCUUGGCAAAAAGGAGUGACAUUCAGCAGAAAGAGGUCCGAUCAGGAGCAUUUGAGGCCAGAACCAUCCAGGAACAUGACAGAGUCACAAACAAUGGAGAGGAUAACAUUACGGAUAAUUGUCCAUGACACUGACAUCAGGAAAAUCAUACUCGAUGGAAAACCACAGACGCUUGACUCACUCAUUGAACAGCUGGAAGUGAAGCUGGAUCUGCAGUACAAGUUCUCCCUUCAGUAUGAGGAUCCUGAUUUUAACAAUGCCCUUGUCAACCUCACUGAUAUUGCUGACCUGCCUGACAAAGCCACCCUCAAAAUAAUCACCGUGUUGCCUACACCCACAUCAGGCACACCUAGCACAUCUAGCACAACUGACACUGAGAUCCUCUCUCCCUCCCCCAGUAGUUGGUCUUCACUUACUCGAUCUCCAUGGCCAGAGAUUUUUGAAAUUCCGUAUUUUCCAGUGGACAUUGAAUACCGAUUACGGCAGGGGAAUCUUCUGUAUAUGAGAGACAAAACAUAUCUAAAUGUGCCUAAGGACAUGAAACAUGAAAUACUGGAAAAACUUGCUGAGACUAUUUACAGCUUCAAGUCCUUUCCAAGUGAUGAAAACUUUCAGGCUGUUGCAACUGCACUGAUUCAUAAGCAUCCAUGCCUCAAAGAACCAGGCUCGUCCUCUGGGUGCGACGGCUGGAAAAACAGCCUCAAGUACAAAAUGGGGAAUUACCGCAGCAAACUGCGUCGAGCUGGAUGGCGAGAUGUGGCCGUAAGUCACGGGAAGAAAAGCGCUCAAGCACCUCAGAAAAGUGUCAAAAGGCCCAAACGAUGA